CAUAGUCCAAAGCUCUGUGCCUGAUAAGGCAGUAUAGUAUAGAUUGUGGUUUCUAAAAUCUUUUGACCUCCAUAGCCUAUAGCUCUGAGAAUCCAAGUUUCAGAGUGUAAAACAGAAGAGAAAUGGCAUACAACAUAGGCUCUGCCUCUCUCUCCCAAGAUCCCCAGCUCUUCUGCAACUCUCUCCAUCCUGCCCACUUUCUCCAACUCUCUCCCAAACCCAAACCCUGCACUCUCUCCUUCAGAAUCCGCAGGGCCCCUUCCCUCCAGAUCUCCCAAGUCUCCGUGCAAGAACCGACUCAGACUUCAAAAAGAACUUCAAAUUCUCAGCACCCAGACGAAAAGACUAAAUCUUCGUCAAAAAUCAACGUCUGGAUCAAUCCCAAUAGCCCCAGAGCUUCUAAGCUAAGACAGAUUAGUAAUGAUUUCAAGUACUCUUCUCUGGUGCGUAUUUCGCAAUCUUUGGAUUCUUGCAGCGCAAAUGAAGGAGAAGUGUCGAGCGUGCUGUCUGCUUUGGGGGAUAAAGCAGUAGAACAAGACGCUGUGGUUAUUCUUAACAAUAUGUCGAACCCUGAUACAGCGCUUCUGGCACUCAAUUACUUCCUGCGGACGAUGAAAUUGAGAAAGGAAGUGAUUCUGUAUAAUGUGACUUUGAAAGUGUUGAAGAAGAAUAAAGAUUUGAGUCGUGCGGAGAAACUGUUUGAUGAAAUGCUUGAGAGAGGAGUUAAGCCAGAUAAUAUUACGUUCUCAACCAUUAUUAGCUGCGCUAGGCUCAGUUCUCUGCCUGAAAAAGGUGUGGAGUGGUUCGACAAGAUGCCUACGUUUGGGUGUAAACCGGAUAUUGUUACUUACUCGGCCAUGAUUGAUUGUUAUGGAAGGUCAGGGAAUGUGGAUAAGGCGUUGAGCUUGUACGACCGUGCAAGGGCAGAGAAAUGGCGUAUUGAUGUCGUAACGUUCUCCACAUUGAUGAGGAUUUAUGGUGCUUCUGGCAAUUUUGAUGGGUGCUUGAAUGUGUAUGAGGAAAUGAAGGCACUUGGUACCAAGCCUAAUUUGCUUGUGUAUAACAAUUUGUUGGAUGCCAUGGGAAGAGCUAGGAGGCCAUGGCAGGCUAAGAACAUCUACUUGGAAAUGGUACAAAAUGGGUUCCAACCAAAUUCGUCUACCUAUGCUGCACUGAUUCAGGCAUAUGGCAAGGCUCGAUAUGGUGAAGAUUGUAUAAAUGUGUAUAGAGAAAUGAAGGGGAAAGGAAUGGAAUUGAAUACUGUUUUGUAUAAUACCCUGCUUGCGACGUGUGCUGAUCUGGGAGUGACAGAUGAGGCAAUUGAAAUUUACAAGGAUAUGAAGAGUUCAGAAAUGUGCAAGCCUGACCAUUGGACAUAUUCUUCUUUGAUCAAAAUAUAUUCUUGCAGUGGGAAGGUCUUAGAGGCUGAAGCCGUAUUGGAUGAAAUGGCAGAAGUAGGGUUAGAGCCCGAUAUUUUUGUCCUAACCUCACUACUUCAAUGUUAUGGGAAGGCUAAUCGGUUAGAUGAUGUCGUGAGGACAUUUGAUCGGCUGUCAGGCUUAGGUUUGAGCCCCGAUGAGCGAUUUUGCAGUUGUCUUCUCAACGUGCUGGUCCAGAUACCCAAGGAAGAAAUGUAUAAAUUGUCCGAUUGCAUUGAGAAGGCCAACCCAAAGCUCGGUUACAUUGUGAAACUCCUGAUGGAUGAAGAGAAUGCUGAAGGUGAGGUUUUAAAGAGGGAAGCUGAAGAACUCUUUAAUUCUAUUGGUACUGUUUUCAGAAAAGCUUAUUGCAGCAGCUUUAUUGAUAUCUGUGUGAACCUUAAUCAAAUCAAAAAAGCUUGCGAGUUGUUAGACCUUGGAAUAGCGCUUGAUAUCUACACUAAUAUACAAUCCAAAGAACCUACUCGGUGGUCGUUGCAUCUGAAGAGCCUGUCCUUUGGGACAGCACUGACCGCAUUUCACGUCUGGAUGAAUGACUUGAACGAAACGGUUGAAAAUGGCGAGGAGCUUCCACCGGUGCUUGGGAUCAACACGGGACAUGUCAAACACAAAUAUUCUAAGAAAGGUUUGAAAGGUGUAUUCGAGUCGCAUCUAAAGGAACUAAAUGCUCCAUUUCAUGAGGCACCACACCUGCCUGGCUGGUUUUUGACAACAAAUAUUGCAGCAAUGUUGUGGUUGAAAUCUAGAGAUUCUGACCAGGCUGUUCCUGCUAAGGAGUUGGUUCUUAAUAGACCUUAACAUUUGGCUUAUAUUCUUCUUCUUUAAAUUAUAUGCAUAGAGUAAACUUUGCCGAAUCUUAUUUGCUCUCGGGAUGCAUUCUAUUAUGACUAUAUGAUAUGUACUUCUGACUUCUGAGAUGAGCAAUGAAGGUAUAAAAACAGGCUGAUAUUCAACUCCUGAUUAUUAUAAUUUUGAAUUU